GCUCAGGCUAAAUAUAGACAAGCAAUCGCAACGGCUGCUCUGACUAUUCCUCGCGUGUCCAAUGUCCCAGACCGCGUCGUUGAAGAUUGCGCCGCUUUCAACUUCUGCCUCCGAACUCGUCGUGAACGUUGCUACAACGUCUCAAAUCGCCAUGGCCAGCUUCAACCUCUGGGCUGUGGGCAUCACCGUGGUCAUUGGCGGGCAGUACUUCUCAUGGAAUGCUGGCUUGUCGGCAGGAACCGUAAGCUACGGUAUUGCCUCCAUCCUCAUGGGUUUCGCGUACCUCUGCAUGUGCAUGUGCAUGGCGGAAGUGUCGAGCAUGGUGCCGUUCGAAGGUGGCGCGUUCGGCCUCGCGCGAUGCACGUGGGGGUUUUACGCUGGUUUCAUCGUCGGCUGUUGCGAGGCUGUGCAGUAUAUUCUGUACGUCACGUGCUCGUUCGUGGGGUUGGGGCGGAUGGUGGCACAGUUGUGGCCAUUGAUUGCCGAACGUCCGUACAUUUCGUGGCUGUUGAGCUACGCCUUGUCCAGUGCGAUGCUCGUCAUGGGGGGCAAAGCGUACUGGCGGUGGAACAUGGCGCUGGCGUUGGUGUCGUUCUCGAUUUUGCUCAUGUACGUGCUGGAGUCGCUCCCCCAUGUGGACAUAGCCGCCCAUGCCGGUGGUACUGCCAUGUUGGUCAUGGGGGGGGUUUCCCAGUUCAUGCUCGUGUUUCCACUCUCUGCGUGGUACUUUGUUGGCGUCGAGUCGUUGAAUCGGUUGUGUGCCGAGGUGAUUGAGCCCCGCGUGACCAUCCCCAUUGGCCAGGUGUCGUGCGUAUUGACUUUGAUUGUCAGCGCUGUCCUCAUCUUUGUCGUGUCCAUCGGAACUGGGCCAGGCAUGCCAACGAUAGCCACGUCGCUCGCGCCCAUGAACUUUGGCUUCAAAAGAAUGUUCAACUGCACGGACGACGUUGCGACGUGGUUCGCCCUGCCCGCUACGUUUGCCACGGGCCAAGGAUUCGUGCAGUCGUACACCAAAGUUGUGUCGGCCAUGGCCGGAUCACAGUUGGUCCCGGCGUUCCUGCACCACAAGCACCCGACGUUUCACACACCUGUGAACGCCAUCUUGUGCACGUCCACCCUCAGCUUUGCGCUGUGUUUCGUCGACUACUACUACGCGCUAGAUUCGAUGCUGUUCAACACGUGCAUCUUCUUUGGGUGCAUUUCGUACCUGUCGCAGUGUGUGGGAUACAUCUACCUCAAAAAGAACUUUCGCAGCAUGGAGCGCAAGUUCCACAGUCCCCUUGGUCGACCUGGUGCGAUCUACGCGAUUCUGAUUUGGACCACGACUAUGCUCGCCAUCACGGGGUUCCAAGGCGACGGCCAAGCGAGCAUCCUCCUUGUGGUCGGAAUUCUCAGCGCGUGCUCCGUCUAUUACUACGCGUACGCCAAGUACCGCCAAAAGUUUUCCGAGGACGAGCGCAAAACAUUAUUUUUCGCCCAUGUUGCCAACCACAACAACUCGAAGCGAAACAGUCGAUCUAGCAAGCGCUACUCUGGAAAAUUCAUUUCCAUGAUGAAGAAGUUGGGGUUGAAGCGGCUGACGUCGUUUACAGCAACACUGCGCCCGUCCACUGUCGGCACUUCCACGACACCAGUUGACCGGAAACCCACGAGCCUCCACGAUGGAGUGAAAAAGCAGCGAAGCGCGGGGCCUUCCAUGGGCCCAUCGCAACAUGAUACCUGCCGACGAACGAAGAAUGAACAGCACUAAACCCUCAAAUAUGGAAGUUGAGGUUUAUGUUCAAAACUACGCGAAUAGUCUUGUGCACAGAAUUUGAAAGUGCAUGGCACCUAACAAAUGUUUCUGGGGGGAGUUGCCGCAAAUGGGACAGGUAUUAAUAAUAAUAACGUUAUGGAAA